AUGCCCCAGGCCGUACGCAGGGAGAGCGCGCAGACGGCGCAGACCAUGCAGGACAAGGAGCUCAAGCGGGCGCGGGGCGCGAUCUCGUGCGCUGAGUGUCGAAGGCUCAAGCUCAAGUGCGACAAGACCGUCCCGUGCUCAAGUUGCAAACGUCGGGGCUGCUCAGCAAUUUGCCCUAAUGGCUCCCUCAAGACCGGACAAGGCACACGAUUCGUGCUGGCGGACACCGAGAAGCUGCAUCACAAGAUCGCCCAAAUGUCUGACCGCAUACGGCAGCUCGAGGACGCGCUGGCCCUGCUACAGUCCACGAUGACGAACGAGCCGCACCCGCUGCUGUCUCGCGACUUAAUGAAGAUCAAAUCGAGUAUAGAUCUGCAUUCGGCCGUCGACGAGCAGGAGAGCGACCAGCCUGCCAGCGCACCGGAGCCCGACGAGUCACCUCUGGACCAGUUUGGCACGCUCGCGAUCCGUGAUGACGGCGGCGCGACCUUCUACGGGCGCUCUGCGGGGUCAGAGAGCUUACUUGUGCGGGAAACAGCUGACUCACCAGAGUCCACGCCACCAUUGCCUUCAGCCCAGGUUCUAGGGCAGUCCUACGAUAAUCCCUCGCUCGUGGAGCAUAUCUCGAACAUGUUCCCCUUCCAGCCGACCUAUGCCUCCGUCUCGUUUGCUCAGCUACGCUCAUUCCUGCCACGCUGGGAACGCGCCUCUGCCCUCUUCGCCCUCUACCUUGAGGUCGGACCCUGGUUCUUCGGCGUCGUCACCAAAGGCCAAGUCGAAGACGAAAUCAUCCCGCUCUGGUACCCCGAAUCCGACGCCUCAAAUGCCGCCACCUCCUCCCACUUCCCCUCCACGCCCGUCAGCCCAGGCCCCGGUGCAUCAAACCCGAAGGAGAACGCGCACGAGCUCGCGGUCGCGUUCAUGGUGCUCUGCUUCGGCGCGCUCACGGAUCUCGAUCUGCCACCCGCGCCGGACAACCAGGAUGCGGAGCAGUAUUACUCGCUGUCUAAGGCGGCGAUCGGGCUGGAACCGCUGCUCGAUCGGUCGCCGUCGAUCGCGACAGUGCAGACGCUGGCGAUGAUGGGUAUCUACGAGGGCUUGCGGAAUAAGGACAACGGGAUUGAGGCCACGUGGAUGCUCAUGGGCAUGGCGUGCAAAAUGGCGCAGAGCAUUGGGUUGCAUCGAGAUUCAGCACGCUUCAAGCUGCCCCCUGCAGAAGUCCAGAAGCGGAGAGCGUUAUUCUGGGAGCUCUUCAUUACCGACUGCUGGCAGAGCCUCGCUACCGGGCGACUUGCCACGUUCUCCCUCCCCUUCGUCGAUUGCGAGCUCCCAGGAGACCCAGAUCAGACAAUGGCCGAAGACGGGACGCCACAACCCAGCUUUCCGUACUGGAAAGCCCGCUUCGGCGCGGAGUGCGUGGCUGCCGUGUCGCAGGGCGUGCUAACCGCCCGCGCGCCGCGCUACUCGAUCAUCCUCGACCUGGAUCGCAAGGUCCGCAACAUGGAGCUGCCAAAGUACGCCCAGGGUGAUCCGCCGACGGGUGUGAGCCUCGGCAAGACGAUGCUUCAUUUCAUGCCCAUCAACUACAAGGAGCUUACGCUGCAGUACAUCCAUCGCUGUUUCUUCGCGCACGCGCUCACGACGUCGGCGGACCCGAUGAAGAGCGAGUACGCGCCUUCGUUCACGGCGGGCUACCUCAGCGCGAAGACAAUGAUCUCGAGCGUGAAGCAGCAGUUUCUGCUCUUCCCGAAGCAGAUAUGCCGGUUCUGGGUGCUGUGGACGCAUGCCUUCUCGUCAUCGGUGAUGCUGUCGUCCGUCGUGACGCACAGUCCGAAGACGAAGGUGGCGCAUGCGGCGCUGCUGGAGUUGCGAGGGGCCCUCGAACUCUUUGAGAGCGCGGCGUCUCAUGGUGGCCGAGCGCAAAAAUUCCUUCCCAUCAUCCGGCGCCUGCAUACCCAAUCUCAGCAUGUGUUCCUGGAGACCAACAGCGGCGUCCCGCCACGCAUCCAUAACGACAUCUUCCGACCUUCGAGCCAGGACGACGACCGGGACGACCUGCUUGUCUUCAGCGGCAAGACGACGACUGUGACCACGAAGGCGCGCUCGAACGCAGGUAGUCAGUCGGGCGGCUCGCAGCGCUCGAGCAUGUCCCCCGGUCAUCCGGAUGCGACAUCCCCAGACUUCGCGAGCAACCCGGUGUUCGCGGACGUGCACCCGGGGUUGAUCAGCGAGCUCGACGGGUUCGAGGGCGCGAUCACGGCGCAGCUGCAGGAAUUCUAUGCUGUGGGGGAUGCGCGGCGGGGCUCGCAGGUGGACUUUGGCCGGAUGGCGCAGCAGCGGUUGCGCGUGCAGGUGCCGGGGGCGGGCGAGCGGCAGGCCUUCGGGGAGAGGAUGAGUCCGACGUAUGGGGAGCAAAUGGCGAUGCAGGCGUCGGGAUCGCAGCCGUUCCCGCGCCGCCCUUCGGAUGCGCACGAUACGAACAGGCGACUGUCGGUAUCGCAGCGCAGAGUCUCGGGGGAUAUGCAACAGCAGCCCAAGCAGCAAGCGCACACGCCGGAGCUCUAUGGCUCGCCGCACAGCAGCCAUCAGCAGCCUUCUCCCAUGGCUUCCGGCGGCGCUUUCCCCCAGUACUCCUCGGCCACGACUGAGUUCACUCAGUACACCUUCCCGCAGUCGCAUUCCUCGGCGUCCAACCAAUCGCCUGCGCAGACUAUGGCCGAUCGCUCGUAUGGUCAACCUCAGCCAGAUCAGGGACCGUUCUCAGUCAACCAAGGUCGAGCUCAGGACCAUGCCACGGAUGCGCACUACCAAGCCGAGCAGCAGCGCAGGCAGCAACUAGAGCAACAGCAAAGACAGCAGCAAGAAGAAGCGUACCGCCAAUCUCUUGCGCAACAGCAGCAUUCACACCAUCAUGAGCAACUGGCAUACCCACCUGACCAGGACCAGUAUGCGUAUGCACCACAGGUGCAACAAUCGCUUCCCCAGCAGCCGCAACCUCAGCGUCAUAUGCAGGUCGUGUCACAACCUGCGCAUGCCGGACAGCAUCACAACCACGGGAGCGCAUAUACGUCUGGGAGUGCAUCUUACCAGACCUUUGCUGGCGCCUAUCAACCUGGUGCUGCCUCGUACGACCCUUUGCCGGCUGAUAUUCCACGGGCGACGGCCGCGACCUAUGGCUCUUCCUUUGCUCCAUUGACGAACGGUGUCGCUGCUCCGCCAUAUACACAAGGCGGCGAGAGACAUCCACACAACGGACAUGCGUACGCCAAUGGGAGGAAUUUGCCGCCAAAUGGACAUGCUGGCCAUGGUUACCCGCCUGGGCAUGUUCCUCCAACGUAUACACCAGACUUUGCGAUGCAUGGGACGGCGGCGGAUGACCCGCACUUGCAAGCCACCUGGGACUACAUGACUAUGUCGCCCGAUUACCAUCAUCAUGGGUAA